AUGCCAAAAUCUCUGAUUCCUCAAUUUCCUCCAGAGUUCGUCAAUGGCAAUAUUGAUGCCAUGGAUGUUAGUAAUUAUGGUGUAAUUGCUCUCGCUUCUGGAAAUCUUGUCAAUUUCUUUUCAUACGAAAAUAGAGUCAUUCAAAGAUCUUUUUCUGUCAUUCCAACACUGUCAACAAUUACAGUACUUAAAUUUAAUAAAUUUAAACAAGAAAUAUUAAUCGGUGACGCAGGUGGGCGCUUUUGCAUUUAUGAUCUCAUAGAUCUCAAAGUAAUUGCAUCGACACCACCACUUAGGGAUCCAACACCAAUCUGCGACAUGAUCUGGUAUGAUAAUUUCAUUCUAACAACAAAUGGAAAUCGUUAUCUAAGUUGCUAUCAAAUAAAUCGUGCAAAAACUACAGAAUUCUCUCUUUUAUGGACACUUCAAUUACCUUUAUUAUUUAUAAGAAUGAAAUUCGAUGAACUUAAUAAUAAUUACGUUUUACUUUACGGACAUGACAAUUCUUUCCUUGUUUUACCAAUAACUAGUCUCAAAGAAAUACCAAUAAGCGACUUGAACGUUCUCGAAACAACUUCUAACAUAAGAGAUGCUCAAUUUCACUAUCAUUUGCCAGGAUAUGCUAUUUUUGUACUCGAAGCUGCUGUAUGCUUAUACAACAUGCAGUCUGGACGAUUGGUAAGCGUUGUCCAAUCUUCUCAAACAACUUCGCCAUUUGAGUCGAUAAUUCAAUUCAGAUCCAAGCAUGACGAGUUGAUUGUACGCCAUUUCAAUGGUACUUUAACGCUCUAUUCCGUUACGGAUCCGUACAAUCUUUAUGCCAAAAAAUACGCGAUUCACAUGCAAUUGAAGCAACGACUGUUCAUGGCUGUAAAAGACCCAUCUGAUGAUGAUACAGUUAUUUUAUUCUAUCAUCCUUUCGGUUUAGCAGUCUUUGAUGUUAAAAGAUACAUGAUUUUGUCUGUUUGCCCACUUUUCACCUGCAAAUCAUUAUGUUUCGACAGCGAUGGAACAACAUACGUCAAUGGUAUGUCUAAAGGUCUUAUUUGCGUUGGAGAUCUCCAUGAUUAUUCGAAAGUUACUUCAUUCAACGUUUCCGAUGAAGAUGUAACAUUUGUUUCUGUCAGCAAAUCAAUUGUUACAUGGGCCACCGAGUCCUCAGUCGGUUCCAUCAACCUAGAAACCAGAAAAGUAAUUCAAUAUCCACAAAACGACAAACCACUGAAAGUUGUUGGCAGUCGUAAUGGUGGCUUGCUUGUAUUACGUCGUCCGGAGCUAUUAGGCGUUUUCAUCAACGGAAAAGAGAACAGAAUUUCAUUUAAUUCUCAGAUCACCACAUUUUCUCUCCAAGAAGACGAAUCCACAUUCGACAACGGUUCCCUUGUAGUUGUCACCGAGAACCACGCUAUUUAUUUCAUCAAAUAUGCAGGUGGAUGCGUUGAAGCCCCAUUUUUGCAGAUGAGAGUUUUAGAACAGAUGGGAACAGUCACGCAAAUCGCCUGGUACGGCCACGACAUUGUCACAGGCUCAAAGGAAGGCAUCCUCACGAGUUUCGACAUCAGAAACCCUCAGCCGGAACUCUUCAACCGCUCCGAACUUCCAAUUCUUUCUCUAAAAUACAGAGAUGGAACAUUGUUCGGAAUGACAGGAACAAGCGUUUUUAUCGGCGUAAAAGGUGGCAUGGCAAAUGGCACUUUUAAUUCAAUUGUUCCAAUUUCUGCCACAAUGUUUGCAUACAUCACAAACAAUGGUCAUGUGAGGGUAUGUGAUGCAGCAUCUUUGGAAGCUGUUCCUGAUUUACCACUCAAGCAACCACGCGAUAAAUUCAACACUGAAAUUCUCUUGGACAUCAAAACAAUCAUUCAAAACAACCCAAGUUUGAGGAUGAUGUCGAUGAGUUGUGCAGGAGAUGAAAAGAGUUUAUUGUGCAAUAGAAUUUACGCGCAUUUGAGUGAGAAAGAGAAUGCAGAGAAAUGGUUUGUCAUCAGACAAUUAUGUUAUGCAAAUAGAGAGAAAGAUGUUGUUGGAUUACUCAAUGACAUUAAUCCUGAUGAUCCAAGGUUUAUGUUUGUUUCUGCACUUGGAAUUAUGUUGCUUGCGGAUUCACAAAAGAAGAAUGAAGUGCAAAGCGAGUUCAUCAAAUCUACAAGCAUGAAAUUGUUUGGAGCAAACAGAAUUCCUGAUGCUGUAACUCUUCUGACAUUGACAGGAUUUGAUAAAAUUGCUGUCGAAAAGUUGUUGGAAAUAAACUUGUUUAAUUCUGCACUUCCGAUGAUAAGAUGCAGAGUUGAAAAACAGGAUAAGUAUUGUUAUGUUAUGAAGAUUGCUGUGAAGAAGGCAAAUGAUGGAAAUUAUGCUUCUGCAGCUGCUUUCUUUGCUUCGGCUGGUGAAUAUCAUGGAACUUUGUUUUGCUUGUGGAAAUUGAAUUUGAUCACUGACGCUUUAGUUGUUUUAGAGAAAGCGGAAGUCAAGGAAAUGAAUUCUGAUUUCGCAAGCCAAAUUAAUAAUUUUGUAGCAUUAGAUGAGCUUGUUAAGCUUAUCAAGAAAUAUUCUUUAUUUUAA